GUAGCCGCUAGCCGGUGCGGAGGUGCCCAUAGACAAGUGCGACGACACGAGGAAGAGGAACAAGGAGGCGAGGCCAUUCCACUGGUCAAACGAAGAGAAGCAAGCAGGCUCCCACUUUUCGCCGAAUCCGCCCGAAAGAUUGGACCAUUUUUGGUUAAGAACACACCUUUCUCCGUUUUCCGUCGUUCGCUCCAGGGGCAAUGAAUAUAGAUGAUGUGCUCUGUAACCUGCGUGUUGUUGGUGUACCAACAAAGAGCGCAAUAUACAUAUGGGGGUACAACCAGAGUGGACAGACUGCACGAAAGGGCAAGGAGUGCCACCUAAGGAUCCCCAAGAGCCUCCCUCCCAAACUAUUCAAAAGUAGGAAUGGGGAGGUCCUCAGGUGGACUGAUAUUGCAUGUGGCCGUGAGCACACUGCUGCAGUUGCUUCUGAUGGAUCACUCUUCACCUGGGGUGCUAAUGAAUUUGGCCAGUUGGGAGAUGGGACAGAAGAGAGCGCAAAGGAGCCCAAGAAGGUCAAGGCACUGGAGACUGAGUUUGUGAAAUCAGUCUCUUGUGGUGCACAUUGUACAGCUGCUGUUGCUGAGCCUCGAGAAAACGAUGGCAUGGUGUCGAAAAGCAGGCUUUGGGUUUGGGGACAAAAUCAGGGUUCAGAUUACCCUCGCCUAUUCUGGGGAGCUUUCACACCAAACACGGUGAUUCAGCAGGUUUCUUGUGGAGCUGUACAUGUUGUGGCUCUAUCCGAGGAUGGUCUGCUGCAAGCAUGGGGCUACAAUGAGUAUGGUCAGCUUGGCAGAGGUUGUACGUCUCAAGGACUUCAGGGAGCUCGUGUAUUAAAUGCUUAUGCAAGAUUCCUCGAUGACACCCCCGAGCUAGUGAAUAUUGUAAGAGUGUCAUGUGGAGAGUACCAUACAGCAGCUAUAUCAGAAAAUGGGGAGGUAUAUACUUGGGGACUGGGAAGCAUGGGGCAGCUUGGGCAUCGCUCCCUGCAGUCUGGAGAUAAGGAGCUGAUACCUAGGAAAGUUGUUGCCCUUGAAGGGAUAGUAAUUAGAGAUGUAUCUUGUGGAGGGGUCCACUCUUGUGCUGUAACUGAAGGUGGAGCUCUCUAUGCUUGGGGCGGAGGACAUGUGGGCCAGCUGGGAGUCGGGCCUCAGAAUGGCUUCUUUUCUUGCUCUCUUAAUGGAUCUGACAUGCUGCUUCGCAACAUUCCAGUCCUGGUCAUACCAUCCGGUGUUCAUCUUGCUACCUGUGGGCACUCUCACACACUUGUGUCUAUGAAAGAUGGCCGUAUAUAUGGGUGGGGCUAUAAUAGUUAUGGCCAGGCGGCAAAUGAAAAAUCUACUUAUGCUUGGUCCCCCUCUCCAGUUGAUUGGUGUGUUGGUGAGGUGAGGAGACUUGCUGCUGGAGGUGGUCAUUCAGCUGUUCUGACUGAUGCAUGUUCGUUAAAAGAGCUGUGUGAGUUCAAGCUGGCAGAGACCGUAAAUAUUUCUAAUGCUCAGCUAAUAGAAGAUGUUGCAUCACGAACUGGUGCUGAUGCCUUGGCACGGUUAUGUGAGAAACUAAGGGAACAUUCGGACGAGCAAGGAGAAUGUGAAUUCCUGGAAAAGCAAGUAGUUGAAGAGGUUGAGGCCAAAGCCAGUUAAACCACUGGCAAAUAGUUGAAGUGGUUGAGGCUGAAGCCGGUUAGAUCAAUAGGAUUCAUCUGACCCUUAAUAUCUUGAACUCCCAGUAAUGUUGUUGAUUCAGACAUUAAUUGCUGUGGUCAUGGAAAAUGUGUACGGUAUCUGGACUCAGAGAUUGAUUUCGAUCGAUAUGUCUGUCAACCCCCAUUGGUGUGUCUCCCAAGUGUAUCAAAGGAGUGGAGGCUAUGUGUGUAUCAAAAACUUUGAAGUGUCUUGUUGUAGAACCAAAUGGAAACCUGUGUAUGCUGGUAAGUUUGGCAAGCUGAACAACCUUAUGUUUAGUUCGCACUUUGUCGAUC